AACUGAUAGAAAUCAAAUCAACCUAGUAUUAAUAGCCUCGUGGUCUGCAGCAAAAUUCGACAUCGCCAGUCAUUUUUGACACAAUUGAAACAUUUGGGGGAGAUUCUCGAUUAAGUUUGAAGAAUUUUCGCGCUCGAUACGAUCCGAAACCCUAAAUCCCUAAAAAUCCUUCAAUCGGAGAUCGGCGAGGCUCCGGUUGCCGGGAAGGACUGAAAUCGAGCUAACGAGCACCUAUUUCAACCUUCCGCAGUUCACAAAUCGCAGCUGCGCGACCUCCAUAUCCGCCUGAGGAAGCCCUAAUUGCGGUUCGCCGACAUGGAUGCGAAGGACAUCCUAGGAUUGCCCAAAACGCAAUUUCCCAUCCCCCAGGAGAAGAAGUCCCGCCCCCCUAAGGAACCUCAGAGGAAACCCGAUGGCAUUUCGCGUGAGGUAUAUGCACUUACGGGCGGUAUCGCGCCGCUUAUGCCGUCGAUUGAGGUCUCUCAAUUGAAAAAGCGGCCGCCUUCAGAUGAGAAGAUAACCUGGCAGUGGCUUCCCUUCACAAAUUCUGCAAGAAAAGAUGACUUGCAGCUCUUCCAUUGGGUCAGAGUAGUGAAUGGUGUCCCACCAACAGGAGAUUAUGCCUUCGCCAAAUAUAACAAGAAGGUCAAUAUUGUCAAGUACACAGACGAGGAGUAUGAGAAAUACUUGAGUGAUCCUGCAUGGACGAAGGAAGAGACAGAUCAAUUGUUUGAGCUAUGUGAGCAAUUUGACCUCCGAUUUGUCGUGAUAGCAGACCGGUUCCCAUCAUCCCGAACUGUGGAGGAACUGAAGGAUCGAUAUUAUAGUGUUUCUCGAGCUAUAUUACUUGCCAGAGCUCCUUCUCCUGCUGAUGUUGCAGGGCAUCCUGUUGUAAAGGAACCUUACAAUAUGUCACAGGAGAUAGAGCGCAAGCGUGCUUUGUCAAUGGUCCUCUCUCACACAAAACAACAGGACCGAAAAGAUGCUGAGGUUCUGGCUGAAGCAAAAAGGAUAACUGAGUCACGUUUGGCUGCAAAGGGUGCUGAAGAGCCUGAUUUGCCGCCUACAGCCGGUGCUGGUGCAGAAAACAGUGAGAAAGCCAUGGCAACGGGUGACAUUGCGUCCCCUUCCAAUCCUUCUGCUGUUCCUGGAACUUCAGUUGUAAUGGCAGACAAUGCAUCUAUACUUGCUUCUCUUCGCAUGCUUCGUGUAUAUCUGCGAUCAUAUGCCCUUGAUCAAAUGGUGCAAGCUGCGAGCUCAUCUGCAGGACUUCGGACUAUUAAGCGGGUGGAACAGUUAAUGCAAGAGCUGGGGGUCAAUCUAAAACCAAAAGUCCCAACCAAAGCUGUGUGUGCUGAGCAUCUUGAAUUAAGAAGAGAUAUUUUGGCUCUUUUGAAUCUUCAAAAGCAGUUGCAAAAUAAAGAAGCAGAAGGUUCUUUUCAUGAUAGUCCGUACUCUGAAGCACCGGGCACUCCAAAGCGGUCAAAUCGUGACCAGGAUAGACCUUUUAUGCCCGAGGCCUUAAAUUUCGGAGCGGAUAGACUCGGCAAAAACAAUCAGAAGCGCAAGGGAUUGCAGGUGCCAGGGAGGACAUCAGAGGGUGCACCGUCGCCUGCUCAUAAGAGGCCUCGGAAGUUAAAGGCUUCCGAUCUGUAGCUCGUAGGGUGGAGACUGGAAGGGAGGAGCGAGGACAUGGCUUUGUGAAGGAGGAAAGCAGGGGAAAAGGAGAGGGACUGAGAGGAGGAGAAGAGAUAAUCGAAUUUGGGUCAAAUUUGAAUAGAAUAAAAAUUGGGGCUUUUUAAAAAUAUUUGGUGAGACCAGACGUACACGUGUCGGUCAGCUCAUGGUUUAAUUCAUUGAUGAAGUGGUGAAUUGAGUUCACCUAAUAAUUUCUCAAAACUUGGUGUAUCCGAGCGCUUCUAUUCUCUUCGCAUCGCUUAGAAUUACCCUUGUAAUUGUUUAAUUCGCCCGAUUAUUUUGGCCGAACUUGGGUACAUCUACCAAUUCUACUACCAGUGGUACACAU